AUGGAAGGUACAGCACCACCGCAGAAAAGUACCCCAUUAGCCCGGGAGCUGACGAGAAUUAUCAACAGCUACAACAAGCACUCCAUCCAACUCAAGAUUAACUUGAAGGAGACCAAUGCUUUCUUCAGGGAAAUAAGACAAAACUACAGUAAUGCAUGUGCAUCCACCAUGGGCACGGAGUCAGCCUCCUUUGAAGCAGGGCAGCUCAGUUGUAUUGCAUUCCCCCCUCAUGAAGAAGAGUUUCUCAGAAACACAGUGGGUGCUGCCCCCUAUGUGAUCAUCCUGGGACAGGACUGUGCUGCUCGGUACCAACUUCUGAACUGCUUCCUCGGAGAGAGGCUUUUACCCCUGGGCCCGGAGGCCGGAGAGGCCUGUGAGGGCGUCCAGGGCACAGUGUGCAAGAGACGUAAACUGUGUUUCAGUUAUGGGAGACAGACACGGCUCAGUCUGGCCUUACCCGGACAGUACGAGCUGGUUCAUCAGCUCAGGGCCAAUUGUGGGCGCUGGGACACUGUGCCACGAGAGGACCUGGAGAUUCAUGAGGAGUGUGAGGACCCGGCUCACAGGCUGGCAGAGCUGGAAAUCACCCUGCACCACCCACUGCUACAGGAAGCAAAAGUAAUGGUGGUCCCGUGCCCUAACAUUCAGCCCAUUGAAGAGGCCCUGGAGGACUACAGUCGCGGCGUGAUUCCGAUCAUCCUGUAUGCCAUUAACCAGGACACACUGAGCACAGAGCAGGUGUGCGAACUCCGAAAAGUUAAAGAGAUCCUUCCUUAUCCUGUCUGCUUCAUCCGGGCCCCCGACACCUCCACAGUCGUGCCCCCUGACCCUGCACAUCGCCCAGAAAAGGACAAAGAGAAGAGCUCCCUGCACAAACAGCUGCUGUCUUUGGGUCUGCUCAGUGGGUCGUCAGGAAACUGCUCUUGUGGUGCCAGUCAAGCACUUGCUCCAGGAGCCAAGCCCCAGAGCAUGCUGGGAGAAGGCUUUGAUCGGCUGCACCGACUGCUCGUUCCUUUUGCCCGACAAGUGCUGCAGAACCAACAGGUGGAGGCUGCUAACGUGCUCAACGGGCUGCACUGUCGCUGCCUGGACAUCUUCAUCAACCAGGCCUUCGACAUGCAGCGGGACCUCCAGAUUACACCCCGCAGACUGGAGUACACCCGGGAGAAGGAGGGUGAGCUCUUUUCCUCCCUCAUGGCCAUCGCAAACCGCAAACAAGAGGAAAUGAAGGAGAUGAUUGUUGAGACGCUCAGCAGCAUGAAGGAGCAGCUUUUGGACGAUGCAGCCAACCUUGAAUUCACAGAUAUUAUUGUCACUACGAGCGGAGAGGCCGUCACGUCAAAGGAGAUCAAGUCGUGCAUUCACCAGAUCCAGGAGCUGAUCGUGGUGCAGCUGAACCAGGCGGUGGCCAACAAACUCACCAGCUCCGUGGAUUAUCUGCGAGAGAGCUUCGUGGGCACUUUGGAGCGCUGCCUCGACAGUUUAGAGAAGUCCAACAUGGAUUCAUCCGUGCACAACGUCACCUCCAACCACCUCAAACAGUUACUCAACGCUGCGUAUCACGUGGAGGUCACCUUUCACUCGGGCUCCUCCGUAACGCGCUUUGUGUGGGAACAAAUUAAACAGAUAAUUCAUCGGAUAACCUUCGUGAAUCCACCGGCAAUUUCUCCAGAGUGGAAACGUAAAGUGGCACAGGACGCCAUCGAGAGUCUGAGCGCUGCCAAACUGGCCAGAAGCAUCUGCUCCCAGUUCAGGACAAAGCUCAAUAGUUCACACGAGGCCUUUGCAGCGUCUCUGCGCCAGUUGGAGGAGGGGCACACUGGUCGCCUGGAGCGCACAGAGGACCUUUGGCUGCGUGUGAGAAAGGACCACGCCCCGCGCCUCGCCCGCCUGUCGCUUGAGAGCCGCUCCCUCAGAGACGUCCUGCUGCACGGUAAGCCGAAGCUGGGCCGGGAGCUGGGCCGGGGUCAGUAUGGAGUGGUGUAUUUGUGUGACAGCUGGGGUGGACAUUACCCCUGCGCUCUGAAGUCUGUGGUGCCCCCCGAUGACAAGCACUGGAAUGACCUGGCCCUGGAGUUUCACUACACCAGGUCUCUUCCCAAACACGAGCGGUUGGUGGACCUCCAUGGGUCAGUGAUCGACCACACGUACGGAGGAGGCUCGAGUAUUGCGGUGCUGCUCAUAAUGGAGAGACUUCACCGAGACUUGUACACAGGGCUGAAGGCCGGUUUGUCCCUGAAGGAGCGGCUGCAGAUCGCUCUGGACGUGGUGGAGGGGAUCCGCUUCCUCCACAGUCAGGGCCUUCUGCACCGAGACAUCAAGCUAAAGAAUGUUCUGUUGGACAAGCAGAAUCGAGCCAAGAUCACAGACCUGGGAUUUUGUAAACCUGAGGCCAUGAUGUCGGGCAGCAUCGUGGGGACCCCCAUCCACAUGGCACCAGAGCUUUUCACAGGAAAGUAUGAUAACUCUGUUGAUGUUUACGCCUUUGGGAUCCUGUUCUGGUACCUGUGCACUGGGUCAGUAAAGCUCCCUGAAGCUUUUGAGAAGUGUUCCAGCAAAGACCAGCUCUGGACCAAUGUGAAAAAAGGUUCCCGACCGGAGCGUUUGCCAGGUUUCGAUGAGGAGUGCUGGCAGCUAAUGGAGGCGUGUUGGAACGGAGACGCAUCCCAGAGGCCUUUGCUGGGCAUUGUGGAGCCCAGCCUGCAAAGCAUUAUGGUCCGCAUGUGUGGGCCAGAGCGUAAGGGCAGCAGCCUGGAGGACUCAAACUGA